CAGAGAUCACUCGCCCUUGCCUGUUAUUAACGUUAAUAACGUUAUCUCUCGCGUCACUCAUGUCCCCAACGACGACGGCUGCUGCUGCUGCUACCGCUGCUGCAGAGGAGUGGGACGGGAGCUACAGUUCAGGUGCACCGCUGUGAUUGAAAUACGCGGAAGUUUUGACGCCACGGAGCAGAAAGGAGAUGAGCACACCGCUGAAAGGAUAGACUCCCCCCUCACACCAUCCAGCUCCCCGAUUUGUGGACAAGUGUUUAUCCGCUGAACCGAGAGCUCGGUCCGUGAUGGGACUCCUUCAGGAGCGACCUGCCGCUUAAUGUUAACCCCUCUGAGCAGCUUGACCCUUAUUUUGGCGACAGUGAAAUCAGUGUCUUAGAAUUUACACCUGAGGACAGGAGGGCACAUGAUGAAAGGAAGGCUGAUAAAGUAAAACCAGAGUGAUGGAGACAUAAAGGGAGACAGAAUAUCAUGACAACAGCAUGCCACUUGAUGAAGGAACAGCUCUUCAACGAUCAGGAUUGGACACUAAAGCUGUGAUGUUUGGCAAGUUUUUUAUACCUGUGCUGAGAACUCAGUGACUUUUGGGACAUUAGGUUUUUACAGUUUCAGAGGAUUUAUUAAACAGCUGUGGUGAUUCUUAAUGACCGGUGGUCUUGGAAAGGUGAUGGAGACAGAAGAAAGAGAGGAUGCAUCACAAAAAGACACAACUAACAUGAAGGCGGUGGCAGAGGACGAUGUGACGUCAUGUCACACCUGUGGGGUGUGUGGGCGCAGUUUUCCUCUUCUCAGCUCUCUUUCUCAGCACAUGAGAAGACACACUCGGGAGAAGCCUUACAAGUGUCCAUACUGUGAACACAGGACUGCUCAGAAGGGCAGCCUGAAGGCUCACAUUCGAAGCCAUAAACUGGGCCUUUUGAGCCAUAACCUCAGUGACAAGGAGGGGGACGGAGAUGAAGGGCAGAGAGAUGAUGCUGAUAUAACCGACCCUCUGGAGGUCAGCACCCCACCUGAGAAAGCUCAUACCAUUAAUGGAAAAAUAAAGAAGAAAACAACCAAGAAAAAAGUUAAGGGUAAAGUUAGCAUCGAGUUUAAUGAUGGGGGUAAUGAUGAAUCUUUUUCCUGCACCAUUUGUGGCCAGGUUUUCCCUCAGGUAUUACUCCUCAAGUCCCAUAUGAAAAGGCACCGUGGCUCUCAGGAUCAUGGUUGCCGGAUCUGUGGACGACGCUUCCGCCAAGCGUGGUUCCUCCAAAGUCAUAUGCGCAUUCAUCGAGUCAAAGCCCAGCUAAGGGGCAGCAAAAGCAAUGAACCACCUCCUACCAUCAAUGGGGUUCCUCAAGACCCAGCAUCACUGAUGAAUGAAGAAUGCCUCUAUGAGCUCUGUGCAGGUUGUGGUAACUUCUUCUAUGACCGCAAAACCUUGCAGAUACACGAAAAGCUACAUAAACUGAAUCACAUUCGAACUCAGAUGCAAAACCCAGCGCAGGAACCCAUGGAGUCCUCUGAGGUGCACAAUGCUAAGAGACAGUUUUUGGAAAGCUUGAACCUCACUUCUGCGAGACCCAAGGAAAAUCCUGAGAAAGAGAAGCUGGGCAGUCGAAUUCCUGAGCUAGAUCCAGUUUGUAGUUACCAGUCAUGGCAGUUAGCCACAAGGGGACGAUUAGUGGAGGCUACAGAAAAAUGUCUGGGAUGGGAGGAGAGACUAGCUGAUGCAGAAGUGGCCUAUGACACAGAAAAAGGUGAGUAUGUUCCCUUGAAGCAAGAGAAAAAGAGAAAGACAAAUGACACCUCCAGUUCCAAUCUUAAGAAGAAGAAGGGUGACACAGGCCUUGAUCACAAAAGUGGUGACAGAAAGAUUAGCCAGAAGGACCGUAUUCUGCUGAAUGGACUUGGGCAAGCAUUUUACGAGGCACUGCAGACUAAGAAGGUUAAAGACAUUCACUGCUCAUCUAAACAGAUGAAGAACAUCAAGAGCCAUCAAGACAAGGAAGAUAAAAAAACCUACUUCUGUGAGCACUGUGAUUUCCACACUGUUGACACCACACUACUCAGGUCUCAUCUGCACACGCAGCACCAGGACUUCCUGAGUCCCUAUAGCAAACAGAGCACCAGUUUGGACAUAAGCAGAAGUGGUUCCAAAGCCUCAAGAUACAUGGACUACCUCAGAAGCAGGAGCAUGUUGCUCAGUCAGCAAUACUGGAAUGCUUAUUCAUGUACUCCAAGCCAGGACUUUGUAGAGUCAAACAUUAAAAUGGAAAAAACAAAUGGCACAGAGGUCAAAGAGCAGGGACAGGCAGCUGGCGAUGCCGGCAGUCUCCUCAAUCUUUCCUCUUUACCCUUAACCGAUGUAAAUGUUUCAGUGAAAACACAGGGCCUAGUGAGACAUCAGUGCCCAUACUGCUCCCACACCACCAACUACCCAGAAGUACUGUGGAUCCAUCAGCGUGUUGCACACAGGGUGGAUGGCAGUAGCUCCAUGGCACCCAAGUGGGCGCCCAGCAUUAACAGCCUCAAGAGUUUAAAGGCAGGUGUUGCUCAGUGGAGACGCACGGGGCCGCCACCUUUUCUUGAAGGCAAAGACUGUCCAGCUCUGCCUACUCCAAGAACGCAGCGCACACAGCCUCCAGGGUUCACAAGCCAUGGUGGCGGCAACAGCAGCAGCAGCAGCAGGAGCAGGAGCAAGCAUUCAGCCCACAAGACCCAAUCAGGCACCGUGAAGUCCAAGCAUCAGUCAAAGGAUUCAAGACCUUCAGAUGUGACACAGUCUAGUGGCAAGGUUGGACUUCAAAAUCAAAAGAAGGAGCAUAACCGAACAGUGGAGGGUGGAACUAAAGGCUCCAGUACCCAAGCUACUUCAUCAACGAGUAUUACAAACAGCAAGAGUCUCCAAAGCUUCCAGUCUACAAGCAGCCCAAAACAAAGAGGCAACAGAGCCACCGUGGAGGGAAAUUUCCCACAGGAGGGUUUGGGUUUUAUGUUGGCAAAAAAUCGUGGUGGGAAUUCUUCUUCUAACACAGAUAAACUCCAUUCUCGCAGGCAGUCAAGUGACUUUUCCUCAGGUCCUAAAGGUCCUGAUCUCUGGGCUGCCAUGAACAUGUGGGGGCUUCAUGGAAGCAAAGCAUAUUUAGAUACACUCCGAUUUUCUCAGGGAAAGAGUGAAUCAACAGGAGAAACGCCAAUGGACAUUGAUAUUUUAAGUCUCCUGAAAAACUACAGUCCACAUGAUCUGGCAGCUCUCUAUCAGCACUGGGGCUUUGUUGAUCCCAGACUUGAUCCACAAGCAGCGAUGCAGUUAAAUGGAAAUUUUGGAAAUGAAGUCCAUUCCUCAUCUGAAGCUUCCAAACAGAUGAACAGCCACUCCACUUCAUCCUCAGGGUCUCUCCAAAAAGGAACGUAAGGAAACCUAGUGCUUCUCUUGGUUGCACGGUUCUAACUGCUGAACAAAGAGGCCUGCUGUUCUUCAAUGGAACCAGCCAUAACUCCUGGAAAGGACAGAGGCUCUGGAUAAUGCACAGUAUAUGCAAAGCAAUGCGGUGGACUUGUUAGAUUUUGUAUUAUGACUGUUUAAUUUGAAGUGUAAGCAUGUUACGAGUGUAGAUAUGUUAGUUAAAGAAAUACACAUGGAGAUGUGUUCUUGAUUUUUUUUUUUUUUUGUGUGUGUGAAAAUGAGGCAGAUGUUUGGGCUCAUUGUACAAAACAGAAGACAAUGUAGAAGUACCACAGCCAGGUGGAAAUGAAAUGUAGAGCUACAGCUACAUGGAUAAAAAGAUGUUCUCUUGGCUUAAGGCCCAGAUAUCUGCUUGUUUUUGGUUGCAAAAAAUAGAUCCUGCAGAGCAAUGCAAAAUACCAAAUCUUACAAGCCGUGAUCCAACUAACAA